AUGCGGAAUAUCGCCUCAAGGCUAUCGCCACGCCGAGCCAUGAAAAGGACCGAUUCUCUAGCUAACCUGACGCCUCCAAGGCGGGCUGCGCCAACGCCUGCGUCUGUGCACGGCUUACAACCUCCUGCCGCACCUGCUUUAUUCCGUGGCCUAGCGCCCGCUCUCCAGGGACCGCCUAGACCUCUGCUGGGGCCAUCUACCCCAAGCGCGGUAGAGGGACCUUCCCCUAUCCCUCCUACCCUUUGCCUGCCAACAGUAGUUCUGGGCACGCCGAUUCCUCAAACGCCAAUUCCUCAAGGCACUCUUCCAACGCCUCCUGUUGUGCUAGGAACGCCUAUACCACAGGAAUCGUUCCCUACCACUCCUUCAUUAUUGCCACAGGGUCAUCGUCGCGGCCGCUAUACACGUCAAAGCGCACAUGCUGAAGAGCGACAGUUUGAUCAGAUAGUUGAUCCACCUUUUAUAGGGGACCUUAACUUGCCUGCCCUUAGUGAGGAAGAUCAGGCCCUUGUGCGGGAGUUCUAUACUGCCCUGAAUGACGACCAGAUGCAUAGCUGCAUUCGCUGCCGGGAGCAUUGGUUCGAUAUGAAGAGAAAUAGCUUGAAAAUCUGCAGCCGCUGCAUUAGUCGAGACAGGGAGAGAACCCCUAACGAGCCCUACUUCUUUAGCGCUGCGAAUAACCUUGACUUCGGGGAAGUCCCCGGUAAUCUACCUGGCCUAAUAAUGGUUGAGGAGAUGCUGAUUGCUAGGGUUCACGUACACGUGAAGGUCCUACAGCGCCACCACCCGGGCUAUCGCGAUAUCGUCGUCCCCCAAGGCCCCGUUGAGGAGGCUGUAGAAGAGGAUCCUAGCGAUGUAGACGCAUCGGCGAUCCCGAAUUUGCAGGUUACCGAUACCGAAUUAAACGCCCUGCAGUCCCGAUUCCUUCAUGGUACCCCCGACCCCGAGCGUAUGGCCGAUCUUGAGCAUAUGCCGCCUAGCGCGCAGGCUUAA